AUGACGCAGAGAGCUUGCCUGAUAAAGAUCCACCAGCCGGAACAACUGGCGACCUUAGCGACCCAUACCUCAAGAUUUGGGUCGACGGAAAUGCUCCAGUAAAGACAAAGCCCGAUAAAGACUCUUUAGAUUACGAUGUUACUGAUCAUUUUUAUUUUCUGCGCUAUGCGGGACAACAAAAACAUUUUGGGAUAGCGAUGCUGAUACUGCUCAGUGCCACGAUUGAUUUGAAAACAGUAUGUCAGACCACCAUUGGCGACGACAUUAAUGCUCCAGCCUUUUGUGCAAAGUUUAUUGAAAAGGAAACAGCGCCGUAUUACACCGUAAUUAUCUACAAGUACGGUGAUUAA